UUCCUUCUUUUUUUUAUCCUCAAUUUGUUUUAGUAGGAAACAAUAAAAAGGAUAAGGAAUCGUUUCUCUUCGAUCGAAAGGAUUAAUCUUUGGAAGUUUGCUCCGAUAGAAUGGGAACAGUUCUGGAUUCGCAUUUCCUGGCCCUCACUGCCAUUGUCACUGUGGUUUACCAGUUCAUAUUCUUCGUAAUCACAGCUCUUUUCAAAUUUGAUCAAGUCACUGACUUUGCUGGAAGCACAAACUUCGUUAUACUUGCUAUCUUGACUCUUGUUCUUAAAGCCACUUGGCAUUUUCGUCAGAUAGUCUUGACUUUGCUAGUUGUGGUAUGGGGUCUUCGCUUGGGGAUAUUCCUUCUCAUGAGGAUCUUGCAAUGGGGUGAAGAUCGACGCUUUGAUGAACAGCGUGGAAAUUUAGUGAGACUAAUAAUUUUCUGGACUCUUCAGGCCGUGUGGGUUUGGUCGGUUAGCUUACCUCUAACAAUUGUAAAUGCAAGUGAUGGUGGAGGAUCUCUUAAACCCGCAGAUGUUAUCGGUUGGACAAUGUGGGUUUUUGGUUUCUUGAUUGAAGCUGCAGCUGAUCAACAGAAGCUCUCUUUUAAAAACUCUCCAGAAAACAGAGGAAAAUGGUGUGAUGUUGGAGUGUGGAAGUACUCAAGACAUCCAAACUACUUCGGAGAGAUGUUAUUGUGGUGGGGAAUCUUUGUGGCUGCAUCACCUGUCCUUGAAGGUGCAGAGUAUCUUGUUAUAUUAGGACCAAUAUUUCUCACUUUGCUACUUCUAUUCGUCAGCGGCAUACCAUUACUCGAGGCCUCGGCUGACAAAAAACAUGGAAACUCGGGAGCUUACAGAUUCUACAAGAAGACAACAAGCCCUCUGAUACUGUUGCCGAGAGGAGUUUAUGGGAACUUACCUGGAUGGUGCAAGACGAUCUUUCUCUUCGAGUUUCCGUUUUACAACCGAAAUCUCCCUCAAGAGGUGGCUGUUUAAAAGUUAGAGGAGACUCCAAGAACGGCAAAGAAAAAGAACUAAAAGAUGGCUAACUUGUGGAAGCACUCUCUGGUGAAUUUGUGUAAAAUGUUAAUUUUAAGAAACUGAAUUUGUUUGAAGUAUUGGACAAAACUUCAAUUAUGCAGUUAUGUGUAAUUGAAGCACCGAACAAAAGUAAAUGAAACAUAUUGACAAUA